CAGCCAAACCAAUGCGAUGGCUGGGGCGGGGUCGGGCGCUCUAUAAGUUGUCGAUAGGCGGGCACUCCACCCUAGAUUCUAAGGAUCAUGUCUGCGAGUCAGGAUUCUCGAUCCAGAGACAAUGGCCCCGACGGGAUGGAGCCUGAAGGCGUCAUCGAGAGUAACUGGAAUGAGAUUGUGGAUAGCUUUGAUGACAUGAAUCUCUCAGAAUCCCUCCUCCGUGGUAUUUAUGCCUAUGGUUUUGAGAAGCCCUCUGCCAUCCAGCAGCGAGCCAUUCUUCCUUGUAUCAAGGGUUAUGAUGUGAUUGCUCAAGCCCAGUCUGGGACUGGGAAAACAGCUACAUUUGCCAUAUCAAUUCUGCAGCAGAUUGAGUUAGAUCUUAAGGCCACUCAGGCUUUGGUUCUGGCCCCCACUCGUGAGUUGGCUCAGCAGAUUCAAAAGGUGGUCAUGGCAUUAGGAGACUACAUGGGUGCCUCUUGUCAUGCCUGUAUUGGAGGCACUAAUGUGCGUGCUGAGGUGCAGAAGUUGCAGAUGGAAGCUCCCCAUAUCAUCGUGGGCACCCCUGGCCGGGUGUUUGAUAUGCUUAACCGGAGAUACCUGUCCCCCAAAUACAUCAAGAUGUUUGUACUGGAUGAAGCAGAUGAAAUGUUAAGCCGUGGGUUCAAGGACCAGAUAUAUGAUAUAUUCCAAAAGCUCAACAGUAACACACAGGUAGUUUUGUUGUCUGCUACAAUGCCCUCAGAUGUCCUUGAGGUGACCAAGAAGUUCAUGAGAGACCCCAUUCGGAUUCUUGUCAAGAAAGAAGAGUUGACCCUGGAGGGUAUCCGUCAAUUCUACAUCAAUGUGGAAAGAGAGGAGUGGAAGCUUGACACAUUGUGUGACUUGUAUGAAACCCUGACUAUCACCCAAGCAGUAAUCUUUAUCAAUACCAGAAGGAAGGUGGAUUGGCUCACUGAAAAGAUGCAUGCCCGGGAUUUCACUGUUUCCGCCAUGCAUGGAGAUAUGGACCAAAAGGAACGAGAUGUGAUCAUGAGGGAGUUCCGGUCUGGUUCUAGCAGAGUAUUAAUUACCACUGACCUGUUGGCCAGAGGCAUUGAUGUGCAGCAGGUCUCCUUAGUCAUCAAUUACGACCUUCCCACCAACAGGGAAAACUACAUCCACAGAAUUGGUCGUGGUGGUCGCUUUGGCCGUAAAGGUGUGGCUAUCAAUAUGGUGACAGAAGAAGACAAGAGGACUCUUCGAGACAUUGAGACAUUCUACAACACCUCCAUUGAAGAGAUGCCCCUCAAUGUUGCUGACCUCAUUUGAGGGGCUGUCCUGUUACCUGGCUCUAGCCAGGGUUCAGUCCUGGGGGGCUGAGGAACAGCUGGAGGGGGGAGGGAAGGGAGCCAAGGGAUGGACAUCUUGUUUUUGUUUUUGUUUUGUUUUUCUCUCUCUCUCUCUUUGAAUAAAUGUCACUUUUUGAGGCAAAAAGAA